UUGUUUUCACAGCCAAAGUUCUUGACGUAACCGGUGAAAUGGGAGAUUACAAAAACCAAACAGUGAAAGCGCUCGAAGACACCGAUCGUAAACUAAAACAAGAACUAGCUACAGUGAUGACUCCAAUGGCAAACGACUAUGACACAAAAUGGAAUGCAUUCAAAAAAGACAUGACGUCAGCUUUAGCAGAUUUCGGAACAGCUGUUGGUAGCAAAUUCGAAGAGGUGAAUAAAAACGAUUUAGCACAAAGCUGUGACGAGACCCGAUAUGGAAAUGCUUUGACCUGGGAUACUAACAAGGAAGGGGCGGUUUACAAACUGACAUUGCCAGCCUUUCUCUCUGGCAUAGAAGUCUACUGCUCAAAUCACAAGGGUUGGCUGGUUCUGAUGAGAUAUGAGCCAAAUCCUGACUUCUUUAAGGAUUUUACAUUAGAACUGUACCAAACGGAUGUAGGAAAGCCCGCUGAAGAUAACUACUGGAUUGGUCUGGAUAAUAUGCACAAGAUUACCUCAUACGGGAAUUACAAACUCAAAAUCGAACUUACACCAAAAAGCGGGACUGUGAUAACUCAAGUUUACGAAUCAUUCAGAGUGGGAGACGAAGCGUCCAUGUAUAAACUGACUAUUGGAAAAUUUGAUAAAACCGAAUCCAAUACUUUGAUCGGAGCAGGUGAUUUCUCGCAACACGAUGGAGCGCAGUUUGUAGCCACGGGAGGAACCUGCGCUAGCACCGGAGGUUCUGGUUGGUGGUAUUAUGUAGGCACGAAGAACGGUAUUCAGUGUUUCCAAGUCAAACUAACGGGAACAGCAGUGUAUGCUGACAUAGCGUCCAGGGGAGUUAACAGAGAUGAUAUUCAUGCAGGCAUGGGAGUCUACAAGAAAGCAAUGAUGUCCAUCAAACUUAACAAGUAAUGAUAAAGAGGUAAAGAAGAAGAGUUAACUAUGACUCAAGAUGACAUUUUUUUUGGCAAGGUUUUUUUUGCAAUUUAAACGUUUUACAUGCUUACAAAUGUGACAAUUCUAAGUUGUGAACUUACAAUAAAAUUAUUUUUCGAUUGAAAGUGAUAACUUUUGCUCGGUAUAUACGAAUUAUUGUAUUGUGUUCAAUCUGUAUUGUAUUAUGUCCACUAGUUGUAUAUUACUGAGGAAAGUGACAAUUAAAAAUUCGUGACAAGGUUUAUUUUGUAUCUUAACGUUUCACAUAUUUGCAAUGCCAAGUUGUGAAUCUGCUACUGAAUUUUUUGAAAGCGGCUUGAUCAUUACUUACUUGUUUCCCCAAAAUAAGAAGGGGUUUAUUUUGGGGGAUUGUCUUUUAUUUUCAUUUAAUAAAAACAAAUAUACAAAAUAGAACAUUACGAGAUUUUUAAAUAUACUAAAUAUAAAAACCAAUGUCCAUUUAUCUAUAAAUAACACGAUUUCAUUUAAAAUAACUGCUAUUUUUCAUUUAAAACGUAUAGAAGAGAUUUCUUGCUAUCGACUAAGUCAAAAAAAUGGCUAGGUCUUAUUUUAGGGAAAGGGCUCAUGUUGAAAUCAUUUUUAAAGUUCAGGCUAUUUUGGGAAAAACACGGUAUAUUGGGUCAACCACACGUAAAAUUCUAAAUGUCACGUAAUCAAUGCUCAUAUAUUAAAGUUAUUGUGUCAAAUUCACAGCCAACAAAGGUUUUACUUUUUCGAUGUUGUGAAGUGUUAUUCGUAUUGUGCAGUUGUGUUGUGAUUGUGAAAUAAAAAUAUCCAUCAACGAUAUGCUCAAUGAGGAAGAGUAAGUACAACAGUUUGAAUAAAGUUUCCGUUAUAGCCCUAUUUAAUGAUUAUCACCACAUUCAUGAGAAUGGACAAAAACUAUUUGGGUUUAAAUGGAAUAUAAUCGACCUGUAUAAAUAAAGUAGGAUAGAGAGCUCGUGGCGACACUUGUAUUAGUUGCACUGCCAGAUUUUUGGGACGUGUAAAAUGUAACAUGCACGAAUUUUCACAUACAAUAUUGUAUAAAUUUAGAAUUUUUUAAAGAUGAUUUAUGCCCUGCAUGUAACUUCCAAUUUUUACAAAAUAUUUUAUAAGUUGACAGGAUUUGUUUAUAUAAUCUGAUGGUAAAUUUCUAAGACUUUGCUUAUAAUGUUCCCUGUUUUCUUUUUACUUGCUGAUAUUGAUUGAAUAUUCAUUUGUGUAUCAACGUUUAUCACUAUUGCUUUGUUGCGUUAUUUUACACCAUCUCUCAAAAUCUAUACUAUCGCCCUUAACAAUCAGCUCCCGCUCUAAUUAUUUAAAAUAUCAGUUUGUGAACCCAACAACAGAAAAAGUAAACUUUUCCACCUCUGAGUACUCCAAAUGAGAAAAAUAUUUGUUUACUGGUUUUUAUCAAAUCGACAUCAACAGCAAUUAAGCUAAACGAUCGAUAGGGGUUCAUAAUGAUACAAUUUUUCAAAAUUUGAGGAUGUUGGGACUAUUUUUAUUUGAACGAUUCAUCGUCAAAAGAUUUGAUUUUUACCCCCAUGCUAAAUAUCAGGCAGUCAAUGACGAUGCUGAUAUAAAGUUUUUGUGUCAAAUCCACAACUAACAAAGGUUUUACUUUUUUGAUAUUGUGAAGUGUUAUUCGUAUUGUGCAGUUGUGAAAUAAAAAUCUCCAUUGGUGA